UUCUUCACGUAGUCAAAAUGAGGUUGUCCGGUGUUUUCUUAAUUUUAUUAAUUAAAUUUGUAGGGCAAAUCAAAGCGCAGGCAAAUGAAGUUUUGGGCUGUGGUGGUUUCAUUAAAAGUCAUGCCGACAUUGACUUUUCUAAAGUGGAAAUCAAACUGUUAACGAAGCAGGGCUCGUUAAAAGACAAGACCGACUGCUCACCUUCUAAUGGUUACUAUUUCUUGCCUAUCUACGACAAGGGUGAAUAUUUGCUGAGCAUUUCACCGCCACCGGGCUGGAGUUUCGAGCCGAAACAGGUGCCUUUAACAUUCGAUGGAAAGACUGACGUGUGUCAGGGAAAAGAUGUGAACUUUGUAUUCAAGGGCUUCGGAAUUACCGGCAAAGUGGCGCUUAGCGGUGGCAGUGGUGCCCGCGAUGUGGACGUUGAGUUGAAGUCGGAGAAGGGGGAACUGUGGCGAACGAAAUCCGACAUAAAUGGCGUAUUUUCCUUUACUCCGAUAAUUCCUGGAAAUUAUGUACUCCGGGCCAGCCAUGCUAAUUGGCAUUUUUCCAAGGCAGAGCACAAUGUCGUUGUGAAAAGCGGUAACACUGAGUUGCCGAAUGACGCACUGGUGGUCUCCGGAUUUGAUGUAAAUGGACACUUUGACGCUAGCUCUCAAUUGCCCGGAAAUAUUGGGGUAGUUCUGUACCGGAGAAAGGGCCAAACGCUUGUGCCUGGGUGCGACAAGUCCACAAAAACGCUCACAAAUAAAGUGAAAAGCGAAUUUGAAAGCGAUGCUUCGUGCUAUACAUUGGUGGAAAAAUCGGGCGAGUAUAACUUCAAGAAUGUGCCAAUGGGCAAAUAUUUGCUGCAAGCGGUCAACGAAAACUCGAAUUUAAAAUUGCAUUUAAGCCCUGAAUACAUAGAAGUCGAAGUUGGCAAAGAUACUUUAGAACUGAAAGAACAAUUUAGAAUAACCGGAUUUACGGUUACGGGUCAGGUGCUUAGCUCAGCUACUGGUGUGCCAAUUAAGAAUGCGAUUGUUAAGCUAGAUAAUCGAAAAGUGGCAGAGACUGAUGCCAAGGGUAGCUACACUCUUACGAACAUUAAAGCUGGCACUUACACCAUAGAAAUCGAAUCACCGCAGUUGCAGUUUGAGCCCUUCCAAGUAAAGGUGCAAAUCUCAACACCAACAUUGCCAACAAUUGUGCCAUCGGCAUACGAAGUUUGCGGGAAAGUUACCUCGUCCAAGUCCUAUGUAUUGGGCAUCACGAAAAUCGGCUCAACAUUCCACACGACCGCAACGACUCAGGCAUCGAGUGGCAAUUGGUGCACAUAUUUGCCAGCGGGUAAAUACAACAUUGUUGUAUUGACUACAGAUGCGGACAAGACCAGUGGAAUUCAAUUCUUCCCUGUGACGCAACAAACUGAAGUUCAAGAUGAACCAAUCAAUGGGAUAACCUUCUCUCAGGUCAAAGCCAAAUUACGCGGCCAGCUACAAUGUUUACCGGAUGCCACGGCCACUUGCACAUCUGCUGAGGUGACACUACAGAGUUUGGAUGCAACUGGCCAGCCCACAGAGCAAAAAUGGCGCGCAAAAGCUCAUCGUGGAAAAUAUACGUUCAAGGAUGUGCUACCAGGCCCCUAUGAAAUCAGUAUACCACAAGACAAUCUGUGCUACGAGUCCACACGCGUCUUUUUGAAUGUCGCCAGUGCUGAGGAAGAAGCGCCGCCUUUCAUACACAAGGGCUAUGAAGUCUCUAUUAUUUCCAGUCAUCGCGCUCUUAUGAAGUACACUCAUGUGACUGGACCCUCGGAUCCUCCCCCCGCCGUCGAAACUUUGAAAAUUCUGUCAGGUGUUAACACCUUCUGUGUCUCCAAAUAUGGAAGUUACGAUUUUAAACUUGAGGGCUGUCAUAUCUACGAUGAUACUUUGCCCAGCAAAUUUAUUACAUCGGAGCCCGACCAAAUGCAAACGCUGAUUAUCAAUGCCAUUGCCCAUAAAACAGGAGUACGUGUUCUUUCCACGGAACCGAGUGCUGACUCUUUGAAAUUGGCAAUUGAAUCUGAAUCCUUGGGCAAGCAAAUUAUUACGCCCAUUGCAGAAUCACACAAGGUUGACGGGAAAUAUGCAUAUCGCUAUGAAACUUAUCUUAAACCAGACGAAAUUUUAAAUAUUACCCCACUUAGUCAAGUAUUGCUCUUCGCACCGACAUCGCAGCAAAUUGUGGGUGGCGGCGAUUGCGUAGAUAUUGCAUUUAACUUUGUAGCUACACGUGGAUUGAUACUGCGCGGCAAAGUCGUGCCGCCCAUAAAAGAUGCCAAAAUAACAUUGUCUUUCCCCAAUAAUCCGGAUAUUGCAGUCGUCGAUACGCUCACUUCUGUAACGGGUGAAUUUCAAUUUGGACCCAUUGACGAGGCAUUGCAAUUUGAUUUGAAAGCUGAAAAAGAAUCCUACGUAUUCACCGAAUAUAAUCGACAAUCUGCAUCCUUUGGCGCCCAUAAACUCUGCGAAGUUGCUGUCAUUGUGAAGGACGAAGCUGGCCAACCGCUAAGUGGAGUUUUACUCUCACUAAGUGGUAGUGAAACUUAUCGCAAGAACCUAAUUACUGGUGACAACGGUGCCAUCAACUUCCACUCGCUGUCGCCAUCCCAAUACUAUCUGCGACCCAUGAUGAAGGAAUACAAAUUCGAGCCUAAUUCCAAAAUGAUUGACAUCAAAGACGGUGAAACAAUUUCGGUCACAUUGGUCGGCAAGCGCUAUGCUUACUCCAUUUUUGGCACCAUUACAUCGCUGAAUGGUGAUCCAUUUGCCGAGGUCACAGUGGAGGCCACCGCCGAUGAGGGCUGCAUGCAUCAGCAAGAGGAGGCCAUCAGUGAAAAUAAUGGUCAAUAUCGGAUUCGUGGUCUUCAGCCUGGCUGUUCAUACACCGUUCGCGUAAAGCCAGGCGAUCCGAAUGUCGAUCGCUCCAUACCUCCAAAGCACACCAUCAGCGUGGGCAACGCGGAUGUACGCGAUGUGAAUCUUAUUGCUAUUAAUCCCAUAAAAAUCGUAGAUGUGACAGCUCGCAUUACCGCUGCGCUUAAUGAGCAUUACAAAACGCUGCGUAUUGUUAUGUAUAGACGUGGCCAAUCAGACUCGCCAGUGUUCUCUCAACGCGUACCGUCGCCCCUGAAUCCGAAGUCCAGUUUCAAUCCCGGCAUAAUGGUUUACUUCCCACGUAUUCCACGUGAUGGCAAGAGCUAUGUGGUGGAGUUGCAAUCAACACUCUCCGAAAAGACAUACAGCUACAAACUUCCCUCGUUCUCAUUUGUAGCCGAUAGAUGCUCUGUGUUUGUGCAAUUGGAAUUCAAGCCAGAAGUGCGCACUGCCGAGGCAGAUCUUAAUCAGAACUCGAUCUCAGCACUGGUGCUCAUCGCCCUUGUUGCCAUUGCUUUCUUCAAACAGGACUUAGCGGUUAACUUUUUAAAUUUUGUUUGGGGAAAGUUGAGCGAUGUGGCCGCUGAUUUUUCACAACGCCAAAAGACGAAAACAAAUGUGCGUAAGAACGAACCAAUUAAUCAGCGACAAAUCGAACAAAUGGCCGAACAGAUAAACGCAGUUAAAAAGCGACAAAACGAACAAUUUGUCGACCAAACAAACGCGAUUAAAAAGAAAAAGGUCAAAAAAAUUUAGUUUGACUAGUAUGUCCCUAGAUUACGAACAGAUUUUCUCGUUUUCGAGUUGGGUAUUUGGUUUUGUUUGAUACUGAGAUUUGUUUUGAGUAAAUGACUAUUAUUUAGAGCCCCAUGUUACAUUUUUGUUCAUUAUAAAUUAUGAUUUUUCCUUGUAAUUUUAUUAGUAAAUGAGGCAAGUUUACAUAUACAUAUG